CGGGGUCAGCGCUGCGGGUGAUAUUGGCCGCUAAGCGAAGAUGCUGCUGGACCUGUCGGAGGAGCACAAGGAGCACCUGGCAUUCCUGCCGCAAGUGGACAGCUCGGUGGUCGCCGAGUUUGGUCGGAUUGCGGUGGAGUUCCUGAGGCGAGGCUCGAACCCUAAGAUUUACGACGGCGCCGCCAGAAAACUCAAUGUGAGUCGGGACACUGUCCAGCAUGGGGUGGAAGGAUUAACCUACCUCCUCACUGAAAGCUCAAAGCUCAUGAUUUCUGAACUGGAUUUCCAAGACUCUAUUUUUGUCCUGGGAUUCUCUGAAGAAUUGAACAAAUUGUUGCUUCAGCUGUAUCUGGACAACAGAAAGGAGAUCAGAACUAUUCUUAGUGAACUGGCACCAGAUUUCCCCAGUUACCACAGCCUUGAAUGGCGAUUAGAUGUACAGCUUGCAAGCAGAAGCCUCAGGCAACAGAUAAAACCAUCAGUGACUAUAAAGCUACACCUUAACCAGAAUGGGGAUCGAAACACUCAAGUUCUACAGACAGACCCAGCCACCCUGCUCCAUUUGGUUCAGCAGUUGGAACAAGCAUUGGAGGAGAUGAAAACAAACCACUGCAGGAGAGUUGUGCGCAAUAUCAAGUAGUCCCAGUUUUAAGAUUAAUUCCCUUUGAAGUGCUUGUGAAUUAAUAAUAUGCAGCAGUUACUUUUUAAAACUUUUUUUAUUAAUUGAUGGUGAUAACUACAUACAGAUUCUAUGACAGUUCUUUUCCUAUGACAAGAUGUGAGGUCAUGUUCAAAGGCUAACAUAAAGUUCCUUUCCUGGUGCUAAAUGUGGUCACCUUGACAAAUUAACAUGCAUUUUAUAUUUUAAAUGUGUAAAUAAGAUUGAAUCAAUGGAAAAUGAAUCUCUAGUGUUCAUAUUAUCUGUAUAUAUGAAUGACUAUUAUUUCUUUAGUACUUCUUUUGACUGCUUAACUUUGUUAUUUUCCUCCUUAUUGACCAAAAUGUGAAAAUAAAAUUCACAGUAUAAUACUCUUACCAUUCUGAAUGUUUCUAGACAAUUUAAUGUUUUUGACCUUCGAAAGCAACCCAUGGAUGCUAAUAGCCACAGGAUAGUUGGAAAUAAAUAUAACAUUUUUAAAGUACUAUAUUUUUUGGACAGCUCCUGCAUUUUUCUUGGUGUGCAAAGAUAAGUACUUGCCACGUUGCUUAAGUUUGCAUUGAUGUGGCUAAUCAGCUUGAAUAUUUUUUUUAAAUAUUUUAUUUAUUUAUCUUUAGAGGGGAAGGGAAGGAGAGAGGGAGAGAAGCAUCAAUGUAUGGUUGCCUUUCGUGCAUCCCCUGCUGGGAACUGGCCUGCAGGGAACUGGUGUGCAACCCAGGCAUGUGCCCUGACUGGGAAUCGAACCGCGAUUGUCUGGUUCGCAGGCCCGUGCUCAAUCCACUGAGCUACACCAGCCAGGGCUUGAAUAUUUAGUAUUCAAAUUUUUGUGAUCAUAUAUUGCACUUUAUCGAGGACUGUAUUCCCCCCUAGUACCCAAAGGAUCUAAGAAACAUGCUGUCGGUUGCAUUUAUAAACAAUGCAUGCAGGAGUAGUAUAAUAGAUUCUUAAUUAUGUGGAUAAAAAUGACAGUCACUUUUUAUAUUUUUUGUUUGAAUAAAGUAUAAAGAGGAAAAGGGAGAUCAUGUUUACUACAUUUGAGACAAAUGUCCCUUCUUCCUUACAAACUGAGUUUUUUGUUUUGAUUUAGUUGUUUUAGUAGGCGACUAUGAGCUAUUGGCCCGAAAAACUCAGGUGCUGAUAUGUCAGGUCGGCAUGAUCAAGUGCAGUGACACAGGGAGACUUAAGGAGAAAAGUAGGCUCAUGGAGAAAAGUCAUAUGGAAGAGUAGAAAUGGGGAUUCAGUCUUAAACAUAGGUCCUUAUUCCAAGAGUCUCAUCCCAGUGGGGCGACUUAGGAAGGCCUGUUGAACCAUCAGACUCUAAGCUGCACUCUAGGCUCUAUCAGUGCUUUGCCUCCUGAGAAAUAGGUUUUCAGGUCAGAGUGACAUCAUGUUCCUUCUUUUUCUUACAAGCUAGACCCAUCAGGAAAAUUGAAAGAAAAGCACAGUUGAAAUUGCUACCCAUCAGCCCCCUGCAGGCAUGUGGGUCACUGUUUUCCCAAAGGUGUAUGUUCUACAGUUGCAAAAUACCUAUAUCAGAUAGCAAACUAUAAUCAGAAACAAUUUUUAAUUACAGUCAUAACUUGAUUGAUGAAGCUUUGUUGUUAACAAUCUGACAAAAGGAAACCUUAUAUAUUACAUGAAAUAGUAGCAUAUGUCAUCCAGUUUUAAAGCAGUAUACCUGCCAAGCUUAGAUGAUAAAAAUAGCUCUGUGAAGCUUCUUAUUUGUCCAUAUUUGGUGGAAGAUAAGCAGCACUGACGCCAGGGCAACCCUUCUUCCACUUUAUAUACACUGUUCUUACUCCAAUCAAAGUAAGAAAGCAUGUGUCAGUCUUUCAUGUAUCACGCCGUCCUGGCCUCUCUCCCAUUAUUUCUGAUGUGUUGCUUUCUCCACCUUUGUGGGCCAGAGUAAGUUGGGAGCAGUCUCCUGACACCUUUUUGAACCUGGGCUCACUUUUUAGUACAGGAUAGAGAGUAAGCCUCUUUUCUUGUGUAAACAUUCCAACCCUUAUGGACAACUCUGCCUUGUUGGGUCUAUGGCAUAUUUGAUUUUGUGUGUGUGGCUUGUUUAUGAACAUAUUUUCUGCAGAUGCAGUCACUGUUCCACCUUCCUGUAUGAUUAAGUUUCUUGACUCUGGGUAAUAUGCCUUUUUAUCUAUUACUAUCUAAAUUCUUAUUAAAACAUUUGGAUUAUUAGUAAGCUGAUUUUUCAGGACUGACUGAUCCAUGUUUAGACUUAACUAUCAUAUCUUUCAUGUCUCAAACCCAGAUCAGAACUGUGAAUAGGAAAUAAUAUAGUAUCACAAAAUCAACAUACACUUCACCUGCUGGAAGUCUCUGUGUUUCACAAGAUGUCAGUGAGCUUGUCUGUUACCGAUGUUUUCGAGCUUAUACAAAUUUAAAGCAGCGAUUGGAAAGGUGGUGGAGAAAUGCUAAGACGGAAAUAUAUCUUCUUUGAAAACUGAAAGAUAAGAACCUGACAGGAAAGUUUGAAAAAUCAUUAAGUGUGUAUAAAGGAUGCAUGUAUGGGGGCUCUUAAUCCUAUGAAAAAAUUAAGAGGCCAGUCUUUGGAGCUGAAUAAAAGAGUUUGAAUUUA